GACAAUCCUGGGCAGUUGUUUUGGGGGUGUUGGUUUUCUCACCCACCUUCUGCUGCUCUAAAGGAAACCCACACAACCCUGAGGGGAAGCUCCUUCGCAAGUGGGCAGAGAACAAGCAGAGGCAGCGAAACUUCCUGUCUCUGCUGUUUGGUGAAGUUUGAGAGCCGAGGGGUUGCGCUCAACGCCCAGCGAGCUGCUCGCUCGUCGCUUGGCUGCUUUUUCACCCAGACUUAUCUCGGUUUAUGGUCGUUCCUAAGUUAUGCCUGUGACUAAAUAAUACCCUGACUGCAGAAUUGUUGUAAACAGUGGCCAAACACCUCUGGGUGCCCUGGGAGCUGGUAGUGGCCUGGCAGGGAGGGUGUUCCAGCUGCUGAUCCCACCGGGGAUGGCAGGAACGGAUCCUGUGAUUUUGCUUCACGUGCUGGUGGGGUUAAUGACCCAGCAUGUCCAGUGCUGACCUGCAGCUGCUCUGAGCAGAGCCAGACCUUGGAGCUGGCAGUGGCCCGAGGGGGACGAGCCCCAUGGGAAGGAGGAUCGAGGACUGCCUGCCCCCGCUGGAGGACUCCCCGUCCAAGCGGUUCUCCCCGUCCAAGAGGAAACAGUAUUAUAUCAACAAGGCCAUCCGCAACUCUGACCUCAUCCCGAGGGCCAAGGGCCGCAAGAGCCUCCAGAGGCUGGAGAACACUCGCUACCUGAUGACGCUUCUGGAGCGGGACGACUGCGGGAGCGACGAGGGAGAGCUUGACCACUCCGCCACCCCCAGCAUCUUCACCGAGGCCUGUAACAACGAGACCUACGUGGAGAUCUGGAACGACUUCAUGAACCGGUCGGGAGAAGAACAGGAGCGGGUCCUGCUCUACCUGGAGGAGGAGGCCAGGAAGAAGCACAGGAGGAAGCUGCCUGUCAAGAAUGAAGACAAGUGGAAAGAGCUCCCAGCCUACACGCCCCAGGAGUGCUUCCAGCGCAUCAGCCGCCGCCUGCGCGCCACCCUGAAGCGGGGCCGGAUCCCCAUGGGGACGCUGGAAGGGCUGGAGGAGGAGCUGCUGGCCUUCUUCUCUGUCACUCCCCACUCCGUCUACACAGCGCUGAUGGACAACAGCUUCGAGCGGCUCCUGCUCCACGCGCUCUGCCAGUACAUGGAUCUCGUCUCUGCCAGUUCGGACAUCGAAGGGAAACGUCAGAUGAAAGUGAGCAACAAACACCGUGUGUUCCUGCCCCCCGAGCUGCUGCUCUCAGACUACCUGGGGCAGCUGAGCUGAUGCCCCGAGGGCCGCCCUGCCCCUCCUUCAUCCUCUCCGGCCUCCCCCAGCCCCGUGGACCCUCAGCCCUCCCCUGCUCCAGGAGGGGCAGAGCCGGGGGCUCGUGGCUGUGCCCCUGGGAGUGCCAGGGCUGAUGUGGGCAGGGCAGCCCUGCCCGGUACGGCUGUGGGUGCAGAGCACCACCCCACUCCCUGCGCUGCCCUCCUGGAACUGUUUGUGUGUCUAUUUAUAACCCAGGUGUUUUUAAAAAUAAUCAGGCGGGGCCAACCCCCUCUGGCGCUGACGCUCGUGGGGUGAUUUCGGUCCAGAUUUUUCUGCGGUGAAACAGCUCCCGGCGGGUGCUGAGCCAUCGCUGAGCCGGCGGAAGAGCCCGGGGGCUGCCACGUUCCGGCGCCCACAGCCCAGGGGGUGUCCAGGGGGGCUCUCUGUGCCCUGCCUGCACCACAGGGCUGUUUUUAAGUGUAAUAUAGCCCAUGUUUUUUAUCAUGUGUGUGUAUAUUUACGUGUGUGUGUGUGCUGGGGGCAUGCAGCCCCCCUUGGGGCUCUCCCUGCUUGCCCACAGCUGCCAUGAGGGCAGGGGGGGCAGUUUGGGGGGCUCUCUGUGUCCUCUGUGUUCCCGACACGUGCUUGCAAGCUGCUCGAAGGAUGUGCCCUGGGGGUCUUUGCAGGUUGCUCUGGCCCUGGAAGGCCCUGCCUGCUGUUAACUGGGGGGACCCCUGGGGAGCCCCUCAUGCCUGCUUUGCUGGUGUGACUCGGUCACGGGUGUGUUCAGGAACAAUAAACAUCGGUGCUCCCCC